AUGACUUUGAGUGUAGGACAAAGUCUGAAAAAGAUGUUAGGUGAUUUGCCUACUCACAGUGACAUUGGGAAGCAAAAUAGCUUUUCAAUUUUUGUUGUGAAUUGUAACAAUCAACCGGGUGACGGGUUUUGGUCCAAAGUAUUGACCAAGUUUCUCGCCAUGAUGGACCAAGGCCCGUAUAGAGAUAUCGACUCGGUUUCCUCGAAGUGGCGAAAGUUGAACACGACCGUUAAUCGGUUUUGCGCGGAGUAUAACAAAUUAUACACAAGUGACCGUCGUAGCGGGUGGAACGACGAAGAUGUGUUCAAAAUGGCAUUGGAAAAGUAUAAACAAAAUCAUGGUUCCAACUUUCCUCACGUUCGCGCGUGGAUGGUUCUAAAAGACGACCCAAAAUGGUCGCCCAUUCCUAACGAGGUGGCGAUGGCGAAACGCCAAAAAACAUCGGAAACGGCUAGUUUAAGCGCCGGUGGGUCGGACGCGAGGUGUCACAUUAACUUAAAUGAUGACGCCGACUAUGACGAAGACGAGUAUAACGUACGUGAACCCGACCGUCCACCGGGCCGAGACAAAACAAAAAAGGAGCGGGCCAAGGGAAAAGGAAAGGAAACGGUGGACCCGAACAUGGUUGAGUUUAUGGAACACCUAAAAGUGUACAACGACAUAUCGGCCCAAAAGUCGAAGACGAAGGAGCGGGCCGUCGAAGAAAAAAGCCGUGCAUCGGACGAGAAGUUAAAAGAAAAGGUCCGAUUGUCGAAUGAGAAAAUCCGAAUCUCCGAUGAAAAAAUUCGGCUUAAGGAAUGGGAAAUAAUGAUGAUUAAUGUCGAGAACGAACCCGAGCCGAGACGUUCGAUGUUGAAAAAACUACAAGACGACAUCAUGAAAAAGCAUCAAAUUAUUUAA